AAAAAUAGACUCAGUCUCGUUCGGACGCUCGACGCGAGCGGACGCGUCUCUGUGCUUCUUUGUGUUUGUUUAUAAAGUGAAUUACGCAGUUUGACGUGGCGUUAUCGGUUUUUUGACUUUUGGAAAAUUAUUGGCUAUAAUAAAAGAAGGAGCAGAAGAUAUUUGGCAAGAUGCUGGAGCCGUUGAGCGCGGCCGCGGUGGAUGAACUCGAAUCGUGGGUGGAGCUGAACUCUGGUGGUAUCCUGGGCGCGGAGGGCGAGUACCUGCGGCUCCUGAGGGAGGCGCAGCGUGAGAGCCGCGAGUCCUCCGCCAAGGGCAGCCCAAAAUCACCCCCGAACAGCCCGAAUCUGGAGCCGUCGACCGAGGAUGAGCUGAAAGGAGUUUAUAUCAACUGCUGGAGGGAUGACUCUAACGACUGGGUGUGGGAAUGGAGCAGCCGGCCUGACCAGUUACCGCCAAAGGACUGGCGCUUCAAGCACCCGGUGAGCUCGAAGGGCCCGCCGUCCGCGACGUCGUCCAUCGAGGUGCUGGAGCAGCAGCUCGCGGCGCCGGCGAUGCAGCCGUCCCACUGUCUGUCGGUGCGGCGCGCCUGCCUGUUCUCCCGCGGCGCGGUCGCGGCGGUGCUCGUCACCAACCUCGUCUCCCUGCUGCUCGGCGCCGGCAUCGGCGUGUGGCUGAGCCGGAGAGGCAUGCUGCCGCCGCGGCUGAUCGUCCUCAACUGAAGACUGCUGACUGUUAGGUGUUAGGUUACGCGGCUGCGGCCGGUGGCUCGCCGACUAGUCACUGUGGGGACACAGGCUAUACUGUGUUUUGAUCUAAGUAUAAAUAUAGACCGACAAGGCUUCAAGUGAACCUGGGCGGGGGCGCUGCCGGAAAAAAGAACUGUC